GCACAAGGAACACACGACGUUAAACGACAGCGUUCCGAAAAUCAGUUCUCCCACUUCUUUCUUGGCUCAGCGCAAUGACAUGCCUCAGCUUCAAAGUUUGACUUCUUCAUCACACAAGAAGAAAACGACGAAACUUGUACAUUUCCUCCUCACAUUACGUAAAAUCGAUCGAUCAGUUGGUAGUUCAAAGCUACUUGAACACGUUUUGAUUUUGAUCCAACUGGGUUCUCGGAUCCGAAUAUUCUGAACGUUGGAUGGAUCCGGACACAUCGGGCUUGGAUUACUGGUUGAAUGGGAGAGUGUUUCUUUGUGCGGUAUGGGUGUCGACUCCAAUGAUCGUUGCUUUGUUCGUCAUAUGGAAGUACGAAGAAGAAGACAGUUCAGUUGAAACUCAGCGACCUAAGGGUAGUAGUUAUAGUGAACACAGUGAAGAUAUUUGGAAACCUAGUCUUGAACAAAUCCACCCGAGUUGGUUACUGGGUUUCCGGAUCCUAGCCUUCUGCUUUCUUCUCACGAGCAACAUUGUCAGGCUUGCUUUUCGUGGUUUCCGCAUUUACUACUAUUACACUCAGUGGACGUUCACGUUGAUAACAAUCUACUUGAGAACAUUUAUGAAACUAGAUAGAUUUAUGGGAUCACUGUUUUUAGUUUAUGGGUGUUUCCAACAUAAGAAGCAGUUGAGCAGGAGAAUACCUAUUGGUCAAAUAGUAAUUAAUGAUGCAGAGAUUCAAUUGCUUUUGCCUCUUUUAAAUGGGGAGAAGAACAUGCCUUUCAUUGAGAAGAGAAGACUUUGUGAUUCAAAGACAGUAGGGUCCUGUGUCAAGCUCUUCCAUAUUAUAUUUCAGACGAGUGCCGGAGCAGCUGUGCUUACUGAUAGUAUAUAUUGGACAGUCAUUUUCCCCUUUCUGUCUUUACAAUUACAGGACUAUGAGAUGAGUUUCAUGACUGUGAAUUUGCAUACGAGCAACCGUUUGCUGCUUUGUGACACAGUUCUUAACCGUCUGAGAUUUCCCUUGUUCAGGUUCGCUUACUUCAUCUCGUGGACAGGAAGUUUUGUUAUUUUCCAAUGGCUUCUCCAUGUUUUUAUCUCCGUAGGGUGGCCAUAUCCAUUUCUCGACCUCUCAAUUCCCAUGGCUCCAGUGUGAUUCUUGUGAUUCCCGUUUGACGGGCAUGGAUGAGGGCCGAUCGAACUGCAAGCGCUUCAGCCAUGAGUGGAGAGGAGACAAACUCGAAGGUCCUGAUGCCCUGCAGAAGAGGAGAAGACUGUGGGUUGGAGAAGUGCCAUCCACAUCCUGCUCUGUUCGUUGAUGCUUGCCAAGCUGCAUCGGUGAAACAUGUGAUGCUCGAGAAGUGUGGAGGCAGCCUGUAGGUAGUCGUUGUCCUGUCAUCGCGAGUCACUGGCGUGCUGACCUGGGCUUGAUUCCAGUCUCGAGCAUUGAUAAUAGCUCGUAUCAAGAUCUCAGACGGAGUGAACCUUCUAUUUUCAAAGAGAAGGUUGUUUCUGGCUGUCCAUAAUCCCCAACAGAUCCAGGGGAACAAAUUUUCCAUUACUCCUAGUGGUGGGAGGUUAACGAGCCGAACAGAGGCUAUAAGAGCUGAGCCAAAUGACGCCAUCUCCGAUGGGUUGAACUCCUGUUUCCAUAGAUCAUUUGUCCAAACCUGUCGUGUGAAGCUGCAGUGUAUCUGUUGGUAGCACUCCUGCAUCUUCCUUCUUAUGGCCUCUAUGCAUUAUUAGUCAGAACCAAACACCAGUUCACACCCUGAAGUGAUUUCAUAUUCAACAGUUUCUUCCCUCGAUUCUCAUUUUAUUUAAAAAGGGUUUCAGCAAUGAAAAGAUCAGAAUGUGAACAUAUGUCUAAAAACCUCAGAACAGAUCAUAUAUAUAAUCACCACAGGUAUUAUAAAUCAUUUUGUCCAUGAAUACAUCUUUAUUUCUUUCUUCAUUUUUUUCAGGAUUUCUUAUUCAGACUCCAUAUACUACUGGAUCCAUGUUUGAUAUAAUUAUGGUACAAUUAAUUAUAGAGGAAUGCUUUAUGAACCAUCAGUAAACAUUCACAUCACUCUAUGAAGAAGAGAUAAAGAAACUGACGAAUAGCCAAAAUAAACGUUUUAUUAUGCACUUGCAUCAACACUUAACGAUGCCAAAGCUAUCUAGAUACGACAAGACCAGAGAUCAUGUCAUGUUAUCAUGUGAGUAUAGCCAAGACGUUUGGACUGAGGUACUCCGGAGAUGCCAAUCGCCUUCCAUUCUGCU